AUGGCGUCCCGAAGCCUCAUCCCGUUUCUUGUAGCCAUGAUGCUACUCACAGGUGUUUGCAACACCCUGUUGACUAAAUAUCAGGACAAUCAAUGUGUUCGCAACUGUGAUCCCGAUGACAACCCGAGGAAGCGCGCUUUUUUCAACCAGCCAGUGCUUCAGACGGCGCAGAUGUUUGUCGGCGAGAUGGGCUGCUGGCUGGUUGUCGGUAUGAUGGCGCUCUGGCGACGGUUCAAGGGCUCUGCUCCGGAAGAACGGGGCUACCAAGCUGUUGGAGUCGAAGACAAUGAGCAACCCGCCUCUGAAGUGGAAGUCAACGAUCGUACAAAGCUACUGCACACUGGUCCAUCAGUUUUGAGGGGAUACCGCAUCACUCUGCUUGCUCUACCUGCUAUUUGCGACAUCUGCGGCACUACACUAAUGAAUGCUGGACUUCUUAUGGUGGCUGCAUCUAUCUAUCAAAUGACUCGAGGUGCUUUGGUUCUAUUUGUCGGCCUCUUCAGCGUUGUCUUCUUGAAGCGUCACUUGCAUCUCUUCCAGUGGCUUUCCCUCAUGGGUGUUGUCAUGGGAGUGGCUGUUGUUGGACUGGCUGGUGCCAUUUGGCCAGACGAGAAACCUGAGAAUUCUAUCGGGCUACCAGAGGAGGACUCCUUGAAAGAUGGCGGCCUCUCAGACGCUACAAGGGCCAUCGUCGGCGUGUUACUUAUUGCAGGUGCUCAAAUCUUCACAGCCACUCAGUUCGUGCUUGAAGAAUGGCUUCUCGAACGAUCUUCGAUCGAGCCGCUUCGUGUAGUUGGCUGGGAGGGUAUCUUUGGCUUCAGUUUUACGCUUCUGGCAAUGCUUGUUUUGCAUGCGACUAUCGGCUCAACUGACGCUGGUCGCUAUGGAUACUUUGACAUUGUUGAGGGCUGGCGCCAGAUGACUGAGAAUAAGCAGGUCCUCAUGACAAGUUUCCUUAUCAUGAUCAGCAUUGGUGGCUUCAACUUCUUUGGCUUGUCUGUCACUCGAAGCGUCAGUGCUACCUCGCGGUCUACCAUUGAUACCUGUCGCACACUCUUCAUCUGGAUCGUUUCCCUUGGGUUAGGCUGGGAGACAUUCAAGUGGCUACAGAUCGUCGGUUUCGCCCUGCUUGUGUACUUUACCUUCCUGUUCAACGGCAUCGUCCAGCCUCCGUUUGACUUCCUGAAGGUCCCCGAUGAAGAGAUCGAGGAGCUGCUACCUGAGGAACCCAUCGAACAUCGCUGA